GGUUUGAAGGGCAGUAAGCAUUAUCGGUGCUGAAUUUCGCAAUUUUCGUUUCAGUCCUAUAUAUGUAGCGCUAACCUCUGAACAAAAAAUCUAACAAAAAGUGAAAUAAGAUAUUGGACUUAUAGACUGAUAAUAGCUUGAAGUAGUAAAAGGAAGCGUGUGAUGACAAUGCUUUUGUUCGUUUGUUUUCGCUUCCAUGACAAUAGAAAAUAAUAUAGGCAUAGCCUUAAGACGGACUUAUUUACGUUCAAAAUAAAUUCCUUGUACUUCGUUGUGAAUGUGUUCGGCUGUUCGCACACAGUAUACCGGAGGCAUUUUUUUUUGUGACUAGCUGGUGUCCUUAAAAUCGCAGUACUAGAAUAACAGAACUGUUCCGUUUCGAAGAAAGGCACGAUCCCAAGAAUGGUGAUCUCAACCAAGCACCAGUUACUGAUUUCGUCUCUACUCAUUCUGUUGUCAAACAACCUGCAUGCUCUGGAGAUUACCACAGAUGACUGUGGAUCUGGAAAAGGAUGCUUUAGGUUUCCAGAAUCCUGCACUGACGACUGUAACUUCCUUGUGACGUACAACGCAACGGGUGGGGAUAAAGUGGAGUUCGAGCUGAGCGGCAAAGGGACCUGGGUGGCAGUAGGAUUUAGUAAUGACCGUGGAAUGCCCGAUACAGAGAUUCUUCUUUGCGAAAGUACUACUGCGCUCAGUGGUCAUUAUUAUGCCGAAAAGGAGAUUCGUCCUACAAAGACUAAUCCAGAUCCUGCAGCAGUGACGUUUCUUGAACAAGCAGAUGAAGGUGGAAUGGUCAAGUGCAGAAUUUCCAGGGAUAUCAAUCCAGGAAUCGCAAACUUGAGAGAUUUGAGUCAGCUCUGGUUUCUUUUGGGAGCAGUUGGGGACGGCGAUGGAGAAAUUAACUAUCAUGGUUCCUCUACUGAUGGUCGCCAGUCUACAGGUUCCAUGGUCAACGUCACAAGCUUAUCUGCAUCGGAUGCAUCAGGGGGGGAUAGCGGCAUAAAUGAAAACUUAAUUGUCCAUGGCGCCCUCAUGACACUUGCUUGGAUUCUGUUUGCUUUUGUGGGUUUGUUCAUCGCGCGAUACAUGCGACAGGCCUGGGAACCAAGGGAAUUGUUAGGAAAGAAGGCCUGGUUUACGGUUCAUCGAACACUGAUGACGACAACAGUCCUGUUUACAAUUGCGGGAAUAAUUGUCAUAUUUGUUCACAAAAAAGAGUGGUCUUCGAACGCUGGCGCACAUCCAUACCUUGGUAUCAUUGUCCUCGCUUUCGCAAUUGCGCAGCCAAUCAUGGCAGCAUUCAGACCACAUCCUGGCGAGCCUAGGCGCAACAUAUUUAACUGGGCACAUAGAUGUGUUGGUUUCACUGCACUGAUUCUUGGAGUGGUUACCAUUUAUCUUGGAUUAGAUUUAGUCGACUUGGGUACGAAAGGACUCUAUGCCGUGAUUUCCUUCUACAUUGGGGAGUUUCUUGUGUUUAUGUUUGAGCUGUAUCUCAUACUGUCCAAAAGGAGUCGUGAAAAGAAGUCUGGCCCAAUAAACAACGGAGAUUUUCCCAUGGACCAACCUGGACAAGCCAAUCGAGCCCCACCCGAGCUUGAAAUGCCAACCAAGGAAAAAAUGAUUCGUACCAUGAUGUUCGUUUUCGUUGUACUUCUUGGAAUUAGCGUGGCAUUAACCAUAAUCCUGCUCAUAGUGCUUAAAUAGUCUGCAUCACAGCUACUACUCUGAAAGCUUUAUUUCGUGGACCUGGACGAAAACAAAAACCUCAUCUCCUCAUUUGAAUGAAUUUCAGACGCGAAAAUUUACUUAUUGUUGUAGAAAUUCAUUAAAUUGGUUUGCCACCAAAUUGUGAGAUAA